AUGUUCUCCUACGACAUCUAUGCUGCGGUGGAGCGUUUCGGCCGUGAGCUGAAUGAUAUCCGCCGCAGUGCAGAAGAGCGGGAAACCGCAGCGAAGAGAGAUUUGGACGCAGAGACCAUAGCAUUCCAGACAAGAAUUAAAGCGAUUCGAGAGCGAAUGAUACAGCUACAGCAGCAGAUGAAGGCGUGUCGACAGGAGGAAGAUGCUGCUUGUGAACACCAGACAGAGAUCGAGGAGGCCUACGAGGCGGCUGUCCAGCACAGGCGCAAGGUUUCAGCCUUUCCAAACACUCAAAACAUGCUUGACUUCAGACCGGUCGAAGACGCGCCCGCGACGCCAGGCAAAAGACUUUGCUACGCAACUCCGGCUACGAAAUCCAUCGAGAAGACAGUCGACUUCAACAGGCUUUACAACAACAGAGAUGCGAAGUACAAGCACCGAAUAGUCCAAGCGGUCACAGCUGCAGGUUCCCACCUGAAGGGCUACGCUCACAACAGACCCUCAGCUGCCCUCCCAGCCGUCAUUGAGGCUUUUGGCGUUCGAGUCACAGGCUGCGACAAGGACAAAGCGGAGCUGAACAACGAGAGAUUCAAGAGAGCUUUGGAUGAGGGGUACCAGGUGUUGAAGUCCGCUAAGCGUCAUAACGCACCUAGAAACAUGCUAACCGGUGCGUAUCUUAAAGCUAAGCAACAGCGUGAAACUUGCUGA